AUGUCCGCAGCCCCUUACACCUACCCUCCGUUCGACGCGUACACCAUGGAGGGGUACUACGCCUCCCAACAGGGCCACUACGCACACAGCUCUGCGGGUUCUUCCCCGCCCUCCCCAUCACACCAGCCCCUCAGCGGCCCCGUCCGGACACACCCGGCGAUCGCCCGGGCCCGUCCGACGCCGUACGAUCUCGACGGCCCGACCGCGCCGCGCAACUACGUCUCGCCCUCGCCCACCUCCCGCAAGGCCGUCCCCGCCUUCUUCGCCGCGCGCCGGCCCGGGCUCCCCGCCGGCAUCAGCGACGAGGAGGAGGACGAGCUGACAGAGGAGCCGCCCGCAGCGAAUGCGACGGACCAGGAGAAGAUCGAGUACAAGCGCCGCCAGAACACACUCGCCGCCCGCCGCUCCCGGAAACGCAAGGUCAUGCACCAGCAGGCCCUCGAGGACGCUGUUGAGCGCCUCACGAGGGAGAAGGAGGUGUGGCGCACCCGCGCGCUCAUGCUCUCCAAUCUGCUCCGCAGCCAUGGCAUCACCUGCCCCGAGUUCCUCGAGUAA